AAAAAAAAAGGGUGCGCCAUAAAUCAUUCUCCCCAGCGAACACUCGUCUUGGCCCCUACACUAGCACUUCGCAUCUCUUGGCUGCUUCUCGUGGCUUGACACUAUCACUUAUACUGUUCGUUACAGAAAGUUGCUAUGGAACAAACUCAAGAAAAGGUUGAGGGCAACCAUGUUCUCCAAACACCGCUCUGGAUUGUUAUAAUUCGUGGCUUUCAGUUCCUCAUCUCUCUUAUCAUCGUCGGUCUCUGCGGUCGUCUGAUGCACGAUGCCACCCUCGACGAAGAAGCUCUAUCUCUGGCCAUUGCAAUCAUCUCAUGGAUCGUCAUCGCAUACGUCGUCUUCACAGAGAAGAUCCCCAGUCUUCAAAGCGCAUAUCACAUCAUCGCUGUUCUAAGUCUCGAUGCAUUGCUGAUGGUUCUUUGGCUUGCGGCUUGGGCUGCCACUGCUGCGAGACGUGCUAAAUACGUCGUUCCUGUUAAUGCCUAUGGCUGUGUUGAUGAUGGAAGUCUUACGGAUAGCAAGACCUGCAAUAUUUUUAAGCGUGAUGGGGAGAAUGUUAUUCUCUUCAAGUCUGGUUUGGCUAUGCUUGCUGCCGUCGCUGGUCUUGGUGCUCUUGUCUGGAUUCUCUUCAUCGUCACUUUCGUCUGGACCCUCGUCAUGUUCCUUCGCGGUCGCAAGGAAGGUCGCUUCGCUGUCAACCUUGCUGCUUCUCCUUCACCCAACAACAACUACCAAAUGGAGACCAAGGUCAACGAAGGCCAGCCCAUGGUUCAGCCCGUCCAACCUCAGGGCGUCCCUCAGCAGCAAUACCAGCAACAACCUACCCAAGGCCAAUUCGUUCCUCAACAACAACAGCAGCAGUAUCCUCCUCAGGGCACUCCCUCUCCCUACCAACCUGCCCAGAGCCCAUACCAACAACAGGGCGCUUACCCUCCUCCCGCCGCACCCUACUCUCCUCAAGACCAACAGUACCAGGGCCAGCAGAACUAUGGACAGUACCCCCCUCAGCAGUAUCAACAGCCUCCUCAACCUCAAGGAAGCGAGCUUGAUGGUCAGACAAACUACUCUACUCCUCCUCCCGCUUCAAUGUCCCCCCCUCCCCAACAUUACGGAAGUGAGCUCGAUGGCCAGACGAACUACGCCCACCCUCCUCCUGCUUCAAUGUCGCCCCCCCCUCAGCCUCAGCCUUAUCCUCCCCAAGCAUAUCCCCAGCAGUAAAUGAAGUGAAGAGAAGGGAUUAAUGACUGGGACUCUUGGCGCGUGGAGUUACGUUUCUGUUUUGCCAGUAUUUUAUAUAUCCAAUAACAGCGGUGGCUUUUUGACGCUUGUUUUAUACCAACUGCCACAGUUAGAAUAUACGAUGCAGCGAUUGAUGACAAUUUAUUCGCACUAGUACAUAUAUGCACUUCUCUCUCA